AAAAAAAAUUCUUUUUAUUUCUUUCUUGAAAAGAAACACAAGCUAAGGUGGCGACUUUACAAAGUCAUGUUUAACUUGACUCUAUACAUUGAAGGUUUUGUUGUGCGACAUCAUAUGUAAUGGAUAGAUGCAGCGCACGUAGUAUUGGUCUAACUUCUGGUGUAUAUAGUGUUUCCCGCAAUAAAAUAAUCUAUUAUUAUUGAAUUCCAGGAAAGCGUCGGUCGUAGCUUCAUGGGCAGAGUUAUAAACUAUUCGCUCUUUGCUUACCAUCGUUAUAAAGUUUAUCCAAUCGUACUCAUCUUUGCUAUCUAAGGAUUUUCAAGUGCUGAUGUAGAGAAAUAGUUUAUUUUCGCUAGUGAAAAACCGUUUCUGAAAAUCGAUUCAAAAUGCUAGACAAAGGAAUGCCUUUUGCUAUCGCCAAAGCCUAUACUUGGCCACUUAGGACAGUCUCCAAUGGACCCAAUCGUCGCUAUGGAGUAUUUUCUCACUAUAGUGCUGUGUUUUUGGCUUCAUUGGAAUAUUAAUUGGAUCUUACAAUCUAUGGAAUGGUUUCUUGAAAAAGUAAAAAGACGGAUCGAAAUCGUUGCAGAUGAAGAUGAGAAUACACGAGAAUCAACUAUCAAGUAAAUAAAAGACUGUGUCAGCGAAAGUUUGAGAUUAAUAAGCGAACAAAGCAAACUUC